AUGGCGGACGACCCCGAUGUUGACCAGGCUGUUAGAGUUGGAGAUGUGGAUGGCAUGGAGGAAACGGAUAAGAAGGACACAAAUGAGCGUUCGGAUGAACUUGACAAAAAAGAAGAUCAAAUUACUGACGACCAAACGACAGAUAUAGACUUUACUUACAGCGAUUCGGAUGAAUAUACGGUGGAAAUAGCUGAGCUCUACAGCUACUCAGAGGAGCAAGAAUUCAUUCUGAAUAAGCAGUAUUUCAACGAGGACUUUUCCAACUACGGUACCAGCUCUAGGACUGACCGUUUUGCUCGCCCUACAUCACACUCAAGUGCAGCUUCUAAACGUUCGAGUUCAGUCACAACCCUCAACGCUUCGAAGUCUGUUUUCAAGCCCCGAAAGCCUGUCUACUUAGCCACCUUCAGUUUUCGCACACGGAAACCAGCAGGUCAACACGUGUCUCUUACUCGUAUGCUGGAUUCCCUCUGCAUUGAUCUGUGUUAUCUGUCAGAAGCAGGGACGCAGGACACAAGUGCUGUGAGCGAACAAGCGGAAGCGUCUCUGCUUGAUUGGAUACCCGUUGGUAGUCGCCUCAGUGCAGUUCGUUUGGAAACAUCUGUGAGAGAAUCUAGAGGAAGUGAGAUUCAUCACACCUUGUUUAUUGUGUCUGCUUUCGCCCCAACUGACUGUAGCUCUGAAUCUGCCAAGGACCGUUUCUAUGACGCUCUGAGUGUCCUUCUACAUCAAGCUAAAGGCUCAGAUAUCGUUGGGGUUGCUAGUGAUAUGAACGCCCAGUGGUCCACCCUCCCCCGCCCAAAUUUGAACACUUUCUUCGCAGGUACCAGCUCUAGGACUGACCGUUUUGCUCGCCCUACAUCACACUCAAGUGCAGCUUCUAAACGUUCGAGUUCAGUCACAACCCUCAACGCUUCGAAGUCUGUUUUCAAGCCCCGAAAGCCUGUCUACUUAGCCACCUUCAGUUUUCGCACACGGAAACCAGCAGGUCAACACGUGUCUCUUACUCGUAUGCUGGAUUCCCUCUGCAUUGAUCUGUGUUAUCUGUCAGAAGCAGGGACGCAGGACACAAGUGCUGUGAGCGAACAAGCGGAAGCGUCUCUGCUUGAUUGGAUACCCGUUGGUAGUCGCCUCAGUGCAGUUCGUUUGGAAACAUCUGUGAGAGAAUCUAGAGGAAGUGAGAUUCAUCACACCUUGUUUAUUGUGUCUGCUUUCGCCCCAACUGACUGUAGCUCUGAAUCUGCCAAGGACCGUUUCUAUGACGCUCUGAGUGUCCUUCUACAUCAAGCUAAAGGCUCAGAUAUCGUUGGGGUUGCUAGUGAUAUGAACGCCCAGCGUAAUCGUGUUGCUGGUCCUGACGACCUUCCAGUUGCACUUUUCAAGGAUGGCAAUGGAUUCCUCAGCCAGUGCCUAUCUAGCCCAUUUGGGUCUACCUGGGAGAAGGAGACCGUCCCAGACAACUGGGGUGAAUCGAUAGUGGUGCCAAUUUUCAAUAGGAGUACUCGCAGUGAAUGUAGCAACCACAGAUGUGUUAAUUUGACGCCCGUUGUGAAGAGGCUUCUGGCGUCACUGAUUCUUCGUCGUCUUACGGUGGCAUGCGAAGCCUUGACCCGUGAGAAUCAAGCGGGAUUUCGACCUGGUACAGGCUGCGUUGAUCAAAUCUUCACACUCCAUCAGGUGUUAGAGCAACACCACACAAUCCUGGUAUUCCUUGACUUCAACGCUCCAACAAAGUGGUUCGAAACAAGCUUCCACGAGCAACGUAUGCACGUACUGCGCCUUUUGGACCGGCUGGAAUCAGGCAAACGUGAAAUUCGGCGACAGGCUGUUCGUUCUCUGCUCUACCUACUUCAAGGGAAUUUCGGUGACUGUGAAUUGGAAGAAGAUCAAAUCACAUGGGCUAGAAAAAACGUAUAUCUGUGCAUUGAGGUGGGGGUGUUUCCAGCAAUCACUCAGCUUCUUCUGGUAGAGAUUGAAUAUGACAAGUGGUUCAGUUCGUCAGAGUCGGUCCCAGAAAAUGCUGAAAACGAUGGCAAGAAAGAGUCCAGUUCCGGUGCUAUUGACUGCUAUACUUCAACUUCCAAGAAGACUGCAGUUUCAUUGGCAGAUAGUGCAGAUCUUCGAGCAAUUCUAUCUGUAUUGUAUAUUAUGGUUGAAACAGUUCGAGAUGGGAUGCAAACCAACAUGAAGCCAUCCGCCGGGGUCUCGAAUACUGUUACUCAAUCUCUGGACCGAGCAGCUAGCCUACGAGAGCAGUUUUGUGAAGAGCUGGGGUCCCCCGUUAUUGGUGAUGGCGACACCACUCUGACAGUCAUUCUGUUGGGCAUGGUUCACCGCUUUUGUGGAGGUCUCGCACCCAACUUUCCCAUGAAGAAAGUGCUACUACUUUUAUGGAAGGUGUUAUUGAUAACCCUUGGCCCAAUUACCACUUUAUUCGCUCGAAAAAACGCCGUCCGUGCCCGUUGGGGAUUGCCUCCUCUGUCAGAAGACACAUAUCAGGUUAUUCGCCGAGUUCGAGCGAACAGUCCUCCGGGAAGUUCCACAGACCAGCUACUUGCUCGCUCUUCACGCGCAAAUAAUAGACACAUCACGUUGGGUCAGGGCAAUCAAGCUCCUCGUCAGGGUACUCUGGCAAGUGGACGGGCGAGUGUUCAACAACCACCUCGACCGCCAUCUGUCGUCACCUCAGUAACCUACUCGUUUUCCGCACCCCAACCGCAAGCUAUAACUCCAGUCCCUACUCUUGCGUCUUCGUCAUCUUCCGAGAUCUCGGGUCUUUCUACCCCACGUCCUGGCUCACCUGUCCAAGGGUCUACCAACAACGCUGCUGCACAAGCACUCAACGGACGGGAUACUCCAUUACCCAGCUUUGACUCAAGUGGUAAAGCGUUCACUACUUUUGCCACUCGACAGGGUUUCUCAAAUUUCCAGUUGGAUGCCAAAGCCUUACCCUGGAAACCAAAAGUUCGGAAAAAGGACUUGGAGGCGUUUCUCUCGAACGUUCGUAUGAAAUUUGUCGGAUUUCAAGUACCGGAUGAUACGACAACUUUGAUCGGUCUGCCGGAACCUAUUCACGAAGCGGUCCGUGUGAUGCGGGAACACCUUUAUGUGUCUUUGGGUGAAGUCCAAAUUCAACGAGAACGAGAACUGAUUCGCUACCCACUGUCUAUGGGACGGGAACAGAUUCCAGACACCGCAGUAGAGCGUCUAUAUCGUGCUGUAUAUCCCCUGCUGCCACAGUACAUGAUCGCACUACUGCGGGUCUUGUUGGCUGCCGCUCCGACGUCCAGAAACAAGACUGAGCCCUUAAACAUCCUUGCCGAGGUGAUGAUGCCUGAGGAUCCGUCUUGGAACGUGGUUCGGACGGCCAUAUUGAACUUCGAUAUUAACCGUCACCGUGAAUUGAUUGUGAAAGCUAUUUCUGCCAUUUUAUUACUCCUCCUGAAGCACAUGAAACUGAACCACAUCUACCAGUUUGAAUACGUGUCACAAUAUCUUGUAUAUGCCAACUGCAUCCCGCUGAUCUUGAAAUUCUUCAAUCAAAAUACCUGCCACUAUGUCCAUGCGAAGAAUACCCUGUCGUUUUUGGACUUUCCUUCACGCCUGAUUGGUAAUCCACCGGAACUGACACCCGAGAUGCUGAUGAGUGACUGGAGUUCUUACUGUUGGAGGAACUUGUUCGCAUGUAUCAAUCUGUUACGGGUCCUCAAUAUGCUCACCAAGUGGAAACAUUCCAGGACCAUGUUGCUUGUGGUGUUUAAAUCUGCACCCAUCCUAAAGCGCGCCCUACGUGUUCGCCAUGCGAUGAUGCAGCUGUACGUGCUCAAGUUACUCAAGUUACAGAGUCGCUAUUUCGGACGGCAGUGGCGGAAGACCAACAUGUCCAUUAUGUCCGCCAUCUAUCAAAAAGUUCGACACCGGCUAACGGAUGACUGGGCCUAUGGGAAUGAUGUGGAUGCAAUGCCGUGGCAUUAUCAAGUGGAGGAGCAUACGCUACGCACAGAAGUGGAUCAAUUCAACCAGCGGCGAUACACGGACAAUUGGCUGGACCCAGAAUUCCGGCCUGUGGACAACUCCUUGACCAGUGUGCUGAAUCAGCCUUUCCGUUUGUCGGACGAGUUCGAACGCAAUUAUGAAAAAUGGUUGGAAGAAGAAGUGUUCUCUGUGCCCAUCAACUGGUCUCAGGUCUUAGCCCGUCAUUGAUUUGCUGCAUUUGUGCACUUUGCCCAUACAUGAAUUUUGACCGUUCAGUUCAUUUCGUGCUCACGAUCAAUUUGAAUGUAAAGGUGAACGUCUAUACUUUGACUUCGUCGUUGCUGGAACUCUUGUUUGCUUAUUUAAUUGCUCGCUAAUUAUUCGCCCAUAUCUCUGGUUCUACUCUUAUUUAUUCAAACUGCGUAAUUUGAAUCCGUUAUUGUACAAACUUCAACUCGUUCUGG